ACUUUUUAAAAAAUCUGAGAUUGCAAGUUUGUGUCACGAGUGCAUGUCCUGACCCACGGGCUAUAAAAGCAGGACCAGAGAUCUAUCGUUACCACGCGGUUCCAGAACAUCAUGAGGACCCUCGCUCUACUGACUAUAGCCAUCUUUGGCUGCGUCGUUGCCCAGCCUGGCGGCGGAACCAACUACGACAACCUUUUUCAGAGAUACGCCGGAAGUGAUAACCUUUUGCAAAGGUCUGAGUUUGACAGGUUCUGGCUUCACUUUGAUGACAAUGGUAACGGUGAAGUGAGCAAACAAGAAUUUGACCAGGGCUGGAGACAAGAAGGUUUCCCCAACCCACAGAACGCCCCUCUCUACUUCCUCGAGCUGGACAGAGUCGCCGAUGAAGUUCUCAACGCUCAAGACUUCCCACAUCUGUUUCACCUUUUUGAUGAAGACGGCAACGGCGUCAUCUCAGAGAGAGAAGCCAGAUAUAAUUGGAACGCUUAUUUCGAUUAAAUGCUAAAUCUGUUUUUCAAGUUCUAAA